GGCAGCCCGCGCCCUCGUCCGCCCGCCGCCGCUGGCAGCCCGCUCCUGGCCCUCGGCAUCUCUGGGGAGGUCCCUGGCCCCAGGCCGAGCCCCUCAGGCCGAGCCCCUCAGGCCGGCCCUGCCCUGCCCGGGGCCGUCCCUGCACCGCUGAGGCCCGCUUUCCUGUCCCCCGGCCCUCAUUUGCAGUCCCAAAGCCUCCUGCCUCCCUCUCAGCUGAGGGGACAGCGGGUAGCUGGGGCCAGGGCCGCCGGUGCAGGAAGGCUGGGACCUGGUUGUUGUCCCCUCUUGCUGCUGUGGCACAUCAGCUUGCCAGGUGUGAACUCUGCCCAGGUCGUGUGCGCCAGCCCUGCACGGCCCAGCCCUGCACCCUCACCACCCCCUGGACCCAGAAGUGUCUGCCUGGUGCUCAGAACCCCUCCCCAGCCCUCCAUCUCCGAGGCUCAGGCUAGAGGGUGGACUGCAGAGGUCAGGGAGUGGGGAGCCCCGGGGGUGCAAGCAGAGGCAGCUGCCACCUGGGCCCAGGAGCACCUGGAUCUGUCCCUUGUCCCCGAACCCCCACCCACGGGCGCUGGAGUCAGCCCUGCUGAUCCUGCCCUGUGGCACUCACUGCCCAGCACCUUGGGCCUGCCCCCCUUGGCUGCCCAGUUCCCACAGCACCCGAGGAGCCCCGGCCAGGGUCUCUCCUGAGUCCUUUGUGUGACCUGGGGUGACAAGUACAGGGAAGGGUCAGGGCUGGGGGACAAAGGCCACCACAUGGUUUUCUAACUGCUCCUCUCCAUGCACUGGGAGGAUACAACAUGGGGUCCCCAGGACCACCUUGGGGGGGCUGUCAGAGCAGCCCUGGCUGGGAGAGGUGCAGGGGCGCUGUUCUCUGUCCCCCAGGGUCCCUGCUCCACAGCACACUGAGCUGGGCCCUGGGCUCGCUGACUUCAGGCUCCUCUUGCCUACCCUGGGGAAGCCCAUGGUGCACUCUGUCCCGGAAGGUGGGGUCACUGGCCCCCCGGAUGCCCACUUCCGAGGCUUGACGUCACUGGUGCAGGAUG